AUGACUACCGAGAUCGACCUAAAUGCUGGCUGUUUAGCCUAUAACGAGUUGUACGAGACUAAAUAUGGCCUUACGACUCAAUAUGGCUAUGUCCCAUCACAAGGCGCAGGAAUUGCAUUCUGUGUUCUCUUUGCUUUGACGAUGGCCGCUCACAUCGUUCAAUUUUGCUGGAAGCGGACAUGGUGGUGCAGUCUCUUUGCCAUUGGAGCAAUGGGUAAGUAUCUACUCAACAUUCCAAUCCGGGACCAAUCUAACUCGUUACCAGUGGAACUACUCGGCUGGGCUGGUCGCCUUUGGGCUGCUGAAUGCCCUUAUAACAGCACUGCAUUCAUGAUUCAAAUCUGUACAUUGAUCAUUGCCCCAACCUUCUUCACUGCAGGAAUCUACGUUCUUCUCGGUCGAUUGAUCCGACUUUUUGGCCCAGAAUCCUCUAUCCUCACCCCAAAGCUGUACCUAUGGAUCUUUUGCACAUGCGACAUCAUCUCACUAGUCGUACAAGCCGCCGGUGGUGGUCUGGCUUCAUCAGAGUCUGGCGUGGAAGGCGGUAACACCAAGCCUGGAACAGACACCAUGGUAGCAGGAAUUAUAUUCCAGCUAGUCUCCAUCACCAUCUUCAUUGGCUUUGCUGCAGACUUUAUCCGACGUGUCUCACGCAUGGGCCAGUUGAAGAAACUCACAUCGGGUACAAUCUUGCCCCUUACCGGUGCCAUAGUGCUGUCUGUUGCUGUCAUCUAUGUUCGGAGUAUUUACCGUGCAAUCGAGCUUGUUCAAGGAUGGUCGGGAUUCUUGAUCACUCAUGAGGUGUACCUUGUUGCUAUGGAUGGUGCUAUGAUGGUCAUUGCGGUUGGAGUGUUCAACAUCUUCCACCCUGGCUGGCUGUUGCCGAAUGAUGUGGAAUAUCAUCUGCCGAAGUUCCAACCUUCCCUCGAGUUGAAAUAA